UGCUAACGUAUCACGUGACGAUCAUAUCAUGGUGGCUAACAUGCCGGUGAUGUUUUGAAAAUAACAGUCGGUCCUUACGUACCUUUCAGUCGUGAAAUUAUACGUCUUAAAGAUGAUUUCAACUGUGAAUAAACUUAAAAAGACAGGUAUGUUCUUAAGACCGAUGGUUUCUUUCUCGGCUGGAGCCAGCGGCGCUCCCACGAUGGUCAAAUACAGAAAUUACCAAACGCUGACCAUAAACUACCGGCAUCGAGGAAUAUUGUCACGAUAUUCGCCAUUAAAUCGAUCAGUCCCCUUCCAAAACCCAACUGUGUAUCAAACGAGAAACAUUGGAUUUUUGGUUGGGAGAAUUCUUAAAGGAGCAUUGAAAAUUCGAUACUUGCUCCUCGGGGGAGCAGUUGGUGGGGGGAUUUCCCUCCAAAGAUCAUAUGAAGAAUGGAAAAAUUCUUUGCCAGAUUCUAAAUGGUUAGAAGAUUUGUUUCCUUCUUCUGAAAAAGUUGAUUCCUUUCGAGGUUCCUUGAUGGAACUCUCAUCAAAGUUCAGAGAUUCGUUGGAAAACUUGGAUAUAGAUCCGAGACUGAAGGUGUUUGGAGACCGUAAAAUCAGCGAAUUACGAGCUUGGUUUGACAGCAGGCUUGAAGACGCCAUUCAAGCGGUAGAAGAAGAAGAAAAAGUCGCCGUCCAAGGGCUCAACAAUGGACUGAAAUUGUUCUAUCUUGCUGCAGAUAGUGUAUCAGAUGCGACCUCGACCGUCGUGCAUGCAGAGUCUUUUGUCAGGGCUACCGGCAGCGAGAAGCAUCAAGAAGAAAGGAAGAAAACAGAGAACAUGCAACAGAAGAUUGAGAAAAUGCAGGAGGAGCUCAUGAAAGUGCAACUCAAGUAUCAGAAGGAGCUAGAAAAGCUGGAAAGAGACAAUAAGGAAUUGCGUAAGCAACUCCUGCUCAGAGGUCAUAGUGGGUCGGCCAAUCGCAAAAUCAAGAAGUCUUUGAUUGACAUGUAUUCGGAGGUCCUCGACGAACUUUGUGAUUACGAUGUGGGCUACAGUACUCAUGACCAUCUGCCACGUGUCGUCGUCGUUGGAGAUCAAAGUUCGGGCAAAACUUCAGUGCUAGAAAUGAUUGCACAGGCUCGUAUAUUUCCUCGGGGUGCGGGCGAAAUGAUGACGAGAGCUCCGGUGAAGGUGACCCUUAGUGAAGGGCCUUAUCACAUCGCCCAGUUCAAGGAUUCAUCGCGCGAAUUCGACCUUUCUAAAGAAUCCGAUUUGGCCGAUCUUCGCAAAGAGGUCGAGUUGAGAAUGCUAAAUAGCGUUAAACAUGGCAAAACCGUGAGUUCGGAGGUUAUCUCGAUGACUGUUAAAGGCCCCGGAUUACAACGCAUGGUUCUUGUGGAUCUACCAGGCAUCAUUAGCACCCAAACUACUGAAAUGGAGUCUGGGACGCGGGAAGCCAUCCGCCAGAUGACGCAAACCUACAUGUCGAACCCGAAUGCUAUCAUUUUAUGCAUCCAAGACGGAGCCGUCGAUGCCGAACGUAGCAAUGUUACAGAUUUGGUAGCCCAAAUGGAUCCACAAGGUAAACGCACCAUAUUUGUCCUUACCAAGGUAGAUUUGGCCGAAGAAAAUCUCACCAAACCCGAUCGGAUUCGCAAGAUUUUGUCUGGAAAACUUUUUCCCAUGCGUGCUCUUGGAUAUUUUGCCGUCGUAACGGGUCGCGGAAACAAAGAUGAUUCCAUCGCUACCAUCAAACAAUACGAAGAAAAUUUCUUCUCGACGUCAAAACUGUUUAACAGAGAAGGAUUGGUUCCCUCCACACAAGUAACGACCAAAAAUUUGAGUUUGGCAGUUUCAGAGUGCUUUUGGAAAAUGGUACGUGAAACGGUCGAACAGCAAGCCGAUGCGUUCAAAGCUACUCGUUUCAAUUUGGAAACGGAAUGGAAAAAUAACUUUCCGAGACUUAGGGAACUCGAUCGAACUGAACUUUUCGAAAAAGCUCGUGGCGAAAUCCUCGACGAAGUGGUCAAUCUCAGUCUGGUGUCGCCCAAAGAGUGGGAAGAAGCUUUGAUGAAGAAGCUAUGGGAGAAAGUAGCAACUCACGUCUUCGAAAACCUUUACCUACCGGCUGCCCAGAGCGAUUCAUCAGGUACUUUCAACACGAAAAUAGACAUCCGCUUGAAGCAGUGGGCUGAUCAGCAGUUACCUCGUAAAAGUGUAGAGUGCGCUUGGGAAACGCUGAAGGAAGAGUUUGGCCGGCUGGUAGAAAAGGCAAAGUUGUCGAAAGAUCACGAUAACAUCUUCGACCAGCUGAAAGCCGCAGUAGUCGAUGAAGCCAUGAGGAAACAUCAAUGGGAAGAUAAGGCAGCCGAGGUGUUGCGUGUCAUCCAACUCAAUACGCUGGAGGAUCGCUCAGUUCACGACAAGCAACAAUGGGACUCUGCUGUGCAGUUUGUAGAGCGUUCCGUGAUUGAAAAACUUCAGGUCACCGAAGCAAACCUCAACAACCUGGUCGGUCCCAGUCGAACCCAACAGUGGUUGCGCUGGACUAAUGCAACACCAGAACAAAAACAACACGCUUCUGUGAAGAACGAGUUGGAACGGCUUCUUUUUGCCGAGCGGAACCAUCCACCAACUCUGUCGUACGAAGAGUUGACGGCAGCUAGACGCAAUUUGCAAACGAACGGAGUCGACGUCGACAACGAGUUCAUUCGGCAGACGUGGCAUCAUGUUUAUCGUCGCCAUUUCCUCCGUAAAAGCCUCUCGAGAGCUUACGAAUGCCGUAAAGGCUUCUGGAUGUACCACCAAGGACUCGAAAACGAGCAGGUGGUGGACUGCAACGACGUAGUUCUGUUCUGGAGAAUUCAACAGAUGUUGAAGGUCACCGCCAAUGCUUUACGUCAGCAAAUCAUGAAUCGAGAGGCCCGUCGCUUUGAGAAAGAAAUCAAGGAGGUCUUGGAGGUCUACUCACAAGAUCGGGACAAGAAGGAGCAACUGCUGACUGGGCGAAGAGUGCACUUGGCCGAGGAACUAAAACGCGUGCGUCAGAUUCAAGAGAAACUGGAAGAGUUUAUCAAGUCGCUUAACGCAGAAAAGUGAUACAACUUUAUUUAAUCGGUGGUAUAUCUUACGUGCUGAAUGUACAUGAAAUCCCUUUUUUUGCAUCCUAUUUACUAGUCGCGCGCCCUGUUUCAAGAAUUAAAAUAAGAUAACUUCGGAGGUGAAACCUAA